AUGUCCUACUACAGGUACCAGUACAGGCAGCAGCGUUACAUCCCGGCUGGAAUGAAGUGCCCCCCGCCCGUGUUCCCCCAGCAGUGCCACCCCCCCGGGGUGGUGAAGUGUGUGCAGUGCCCGGGCUGUGCCCCCACGGCUGCCAAGGUGUGCAGCCUGAGGAGGACCCUGCAGAGCCCCCACUGCUCCUCGGGCUGCGUGGAGACACACGUGGUGGAAGGUCACUCCUGCUCCUCCUCCUCCUCCUGCUGCUGCAGCCCCAGGAGCCUCAACCCCUGCACUGUGACCUUCCCUCAGCCCCAGGGGACGGGCAGGGAGCAGCUCUGCCUGUCCCAGUGUGGGCAGGGGGGCGUGAAGAGGUGCCCUCAGGUGUGUGCCCCCGCUCCUCAGGUGUGUGUCCCAGCUCCCAAGGUGUGUGCCCCCACUCCUCAGGUGUGUGUCCCAGCUCCCAAGGUGUGUGCCCCCACUCCUCAGGUGUGUGUCCCAGCCCCUCAGGUGUGUGUCCCAGCCCCUCAGGUGUGCACCCCAGCUCCCCUGUGCCAACACAGCUCCUACCCUUACUCGUACCAGUGGUCCAACAGUUACCAGUACAACUGUGGGCAGCAAUAA